AUGGGACGACAGUCCGAAAGCUAUCAUCUAGCUCGCGCCCUUCAGAACAGGCUCCUACCGAACUACCCCCGUCUUCGACUCGACAACCGUUGUUGUCUUCCCCCCGUAUUGCCAGGACCGGUACAGAAAGGCAGUCAUCUGAGGCGUCGGCCGCCUGCGUAUCCCAUCGCUCUCGUGAAACUUCGUCGUCGCGCCGCGGGUCCCAUCGGAACACAUCUGUUUACACCGUGCGAGAUCGCUCGCCGAGCCGGGCGACGCCUACAAGGCCUGCAGCGCCAUCUGCACAGCCCCCAGUUCCACUUCGCAGUGAACUGCCGCAUCCACGCCAAAACUGGCAUCGCGGUGACUCGGCAGCAAGUGUUGUUGGCUCAUCGGCCUGGCCGCGACCUUCUCAGGCCUCUGGAAGCUCAGAAAUCCCCCGGCAUUCCGGCGACGCAGAAGCCGUUUCACAAGCACGAUCCAGAAGGACUCGCUCGCACGCCUCCAGGUGGCAUGCGUGUUGCGUCUUUCAGCUCCACUGGAGAAUCCUCAGCUCGCAUGCAGUCUCCACGGGACUUCGAGGAAUCGCGCCGUCUCGCCUACAUACUCGAGACCGAGGGUGGUUCACGGAGCCGAAGCAUGGUUGUGGGUGCUAGAUACAGGUGGCCACCUGGCAGAUUGAGACAGAAUGCUGCCGGGAGCGCAUCGGCAGGCGAGCGACAGAGCCAUGCUGGGGGGGGGCGGCCUGUGAACCCAGAAAGUGAAGCGCAGAGCCCGUCGGUCUAUUUACCCUCAGGCACUCCCACAGUAGCGACGAGACCAGAGGAGGCGUUGCAUCUAUCAGGUUUGCGACCGCGUUCCACUUACAUACGGCAAGAACGGCGACACGUGAGUAGUGGCUUCACAGAGGGCUGGCCCCAGGCAAUAAUCCCGUGGGAUCUGUGGUUUGAACCGUGGAUACAGGAGCCGCCUUACGACCUGGUAGAGGACUGCGAGCCCUAUGGUCAUUGUUGGCUGGUUUUCACCUUCAUAAAUGGUGUGCCCAUGACACAGUGGCUGACGAAGCACGAGGUGAAGUUCUACUUCGACAUUCAGAAACUUCGGAGACACGACGAGAAAGCAGCACGUGAGAAGGCUCGGCGCAGAGAGCAACGAGAGCGGGCAGCAGCAGCGAAAGGUCUUCCGUGCCCACACUUCCGGCCGUGGAGAGAUCCAUUAACGAAGCCUAAGGUCCGCCCUCUUGGCAAGACUGCCGCUAUGGCUGUUCGGCGAAUCCAGAGAAGUAACUUGCCGUUGGGGGCCCCUCAAAACGUUGUAUCUCGCCUUCUCCUGCAGUACCCGAGCGACUCGUCGGACGAUGACUACGAUUACAGCGUUGAGAGGAAUGGCGGCAUAGAACACAACUCGAGUUCGUUACGGCCCUGA